AUGCUGGAGUUUAUAAUUGUUCUUGGCUUGAAGAAACUGGCGAUUUCUCAAAAUAAAGGCCAAAUUCGGUUCGAGAAUCACACAAAUGAACCGAUUAUUGUAAAAGAAGGUGAAACGAUUGAGUUGAAAGCGUUGGUUUCCGCGUUUCCGUUUGAUUUGCCAAAUUAUAACUCACGGUGGAGUCGAACAUAUCAAACAUCGGAAAAGGUCGAUGACGAGAUCUAUGAAUCAAUUGUUAAUGAUGACAACAAAAAGACUGAUAGUCGAAAGAGUAAUGAUGGGAAAUCAGUCGAAGAGUUGAAGAUUCUAAAAGCUCGACCAAAUGACUCAGCUGACUACACCUUGACUGUUAAAGUGGAUGAUAUCGUGAAAUCAAUAGAGUGGAAAAUAAAGGUUCUCACACCAAAACCGAGAGUCAAACUUGAAGCCCUUUCACCCAACAAUUUCGUGCAAUUCAAUCAGAAAUAUUACAAGACAAACUCAACAAUUCUCAUCCGCUGCGUUUCGACGGGACUUCCUUUGAGUAAACCAAAGUUAUCCUAUCAACAAAAUGGUGUACAAAAUGAAGUGAAUGAGGAAAAUCUCGAGAAAUUGGAGGGAACUUUCGAGAGUCAAGUCCUUUGGAGUACCACCGUUCUCGAUGAUUUCGAUGUUAUCUGUUCGGCUGAACAAAACGAAAUAAAACAAACCGAGUCACUGCAUGUUUUGGCCGCCGAAGAAGCACACGACGUUUGGACUAACACGAGUAAAAGUUCGAAAGCUGAAGAAAACGAGGAUGAUAAAACAGUGUAUGCUGGUGAUACUGUAUUGCUGUCUUGUCGAGCUAUCAAGGAUGAGCAAGUAUCAAUGCGAUGGUUACAUAACAAGGUUGAAAUGAAAGAGAAUGUCGAGAAACGACAGCAUGAACAUUCUGUCAUUUUGGAAUUGAGAAUUGAGAACAUCACUGUGCAAAAGUCGGGGGAUUAUACGUGCGAAGUGAAGCAAAAUGGAAACACGACUCAAGGACUCGAUCAAACCAUUAGAAUUGAGGUGAAAGGCGUCUCAGCUCCACUUUUACUUGAAAGUCAAGAAGAAACGGUUCGAGCAAAAACCGGUGAAGAGCACAAAUUUGAGUGCAAAAUGAGCGGCGUUCCAACUCCAAUUAUUACAUGGUGGAAAGACGGGAGUCAAGUCACUGAAGGAAUCACAGCUGAUGGAUCGCUCGUCAUACCUAAAAUGAUGAUUGAAGAUAGCGGUAAAUACGGUUGUAUUGGAAAGAAUCGAGCCGGUCAAGCCACUCGAACCGCUUUUCUAGAGGUAGAAGGUGAAAAACGGGGAGCCGGUUCGAUUAUUUUGGUGGCUCUCAUCGUUCUUGUGCUUCUUCUUUGCGAACCGUUGAAUGGUUUCAACAUUCAACACCAGCAAAUGCUGAUCGAUGAGCUGAAAAUCAUGUGCGCUAUUCGACCGCAUCCAAAUGUUCUUGCGCUUAUUGGAGCUGUAACGAAAAACAUCAGAGACGGUCGUCUUUUUGUUGUGAUUGAGCUUUGUGAUAAAGGAAGUCUCAAAGAUUUCCUUGUGAAUCUCAAGAGAAAUGUCGGCUCCUUUAAAGAUGAAUUGAGAAGAGCUCCAGAUGACGGAUAUUUAGCACCAAAUUCAAAACCAAAAAAAAUCUACGCGAGCGAGAUGGAUGAGGAGAAUGGAGAUCUUCCAACGAUAGUCGACGGUGAACAUGAAGCUCUCAUUCACAACCAGACAGCAACUCUUUGCUCAACAUCAGAUCUCCUCUCAUUCUCUAUGCAAAUCGCGAAUGGGAUGGAAUAUCUGAGCAGUAUUCCGUGUUUCCAUCGCGAUUUGGCCGCAAGAAACGUGUUGCUCACAAAGAACAAUCUUUGUCGAAUCGCGGAUUUCGGAAUGGCAAAAAGCAGCAAUAAAAGCUAUUACAGAAAAGAUCGUCACGAGAUUCCGAUGCCGGUGAAAUGGAUGAGUCCCGAAACAAUCGAGAAUGGGUAUUACACUCAAGCGUCUGAUGUUUGGUCAUACGGGAUUCUGUUGUACGAGAUGUUCACCCUUGGUGGUCAACCAUAUCCAAGUGUUGAGGGAAAAGAUGUCUACCAAAAAGUGUUUGAUGGAGAAAGAAAUAGACAACCAGAAUAUGCACAUGAUGAUCUGUACAAUUUGAUGCAACAAUGCUGGGAAUUUGAUCCAGACAAGCGACCGCUUUUCACUGAUUGUGUUCAACGAUUAAAGGAUCAUUUGCAAAAAGCUUCUCCUGGUUUUCUUGAUAAAGUUGAAGAAGAACUUUCAUUGGAAUGGAGUCAACUCGAUUCGUACACUGGAUGGAGAGAAGAACUCUUAGCUGAGCCAACAAACAUUCUGGUCGAACGUCCUCCACUGCAUUCACCAAAUGGGAAUCAAGAACGAAUCUACGUGCAAUCGUUUCCACCAAGAAGA